GCGUCCGAGCCGCGUCCCGACAUGGACAUGUGGCCUCUGGUGCUCCUGCUCGCCCAGCUCUGCCUCUGCUCCGGCUAUGAAGGAACCCCCUGGUGCGCCCCCAUUAAGGUGAAACAUGGCGACGUGAGCUGCCGCACACCCAGAGGGGAACACUACAACAACGUUAUGGGGACACGCUGUAAAAUCCGCUGCAAGCGGGGAUAUGAAGUCCAGAGCUCGGAGGUGGUGUGCAUGGCCACAAAACACUGGUCCUCCAACUACGCCUGCAGAGAAAUCCGUUGUCCCAAGCUGGAGAUGCCUGUGAACGGCGGCUACAAGUGUUCGGACGGCGCCUACUUCAGCUCUCGCUGCGAGUUCUUCUGCUCUCCCGGAUACACGAUGAAGGGCCAGAAGGUGGCGACCUGCCAGCACACCAAGACGUGGACCACCGCGGCGCCCACGUGUGUCGACAUCGAUCUCCCGAAAAUCAAGUGUCCAAAUAUAAAGGACAAGUGGGCGGAGCCAGGGAAGCUGACGGCGAGAGUGACCUGGGACACGCCGGAGGGCGUGGACACGGCAGACGGCAUCCUCACAGAUGUCAUCCUGAAAGGAAAACCUUCCAAAUCACACUUCCCAGAGGGGCUCCACAAGAUGUCCUACACGGUGUUUGACCGGGCCGGGAACAAAGGAUCCUGUCGUUUCACCAUCAGGGUGCGAGUGCGCCGCUGCAGCCCUCUGGUCGCCCCCGACAACGGCUACAUGAAGUGUGACAACGACGGCGACAACUACGGCGCCACAUGUCAGUUCACCUGCACCGGCGGCUACGAGCUGCAGGGCAGCGCCGCCAGGGUGUGUCAGUACGGCCUCACCUGGUCUGGUACCGACACCAACUGUAACGCCAUGAACAUCAACGUGGGCGUGCGAUCAGCAGCUGCACUGCUGGACCAGUUCUACGAGAAGCGACGGCUCCUCGUUAUCUCUGCACCAACGGCUGCCAAUCACAAUUACCGCUUCCAGAUGACUAACCUGCAGCAUGCUCAGUGCGGACUGGACUUGAGACACGUGACGGUCAUCGAGCUGGUCGGGACUUACCCAGCUCAAGUCGGCCGGAUUCGACACAGGCUGCUCACGCCGGGCCUGGCCCUGCAGCUCAGGAUACUCCUCAGGAUCUCUCAGAGGUCCUUCCAAAUGGUGCUGAUCGACAAGCAGGGCAUCGACAAGCAGCGCUACCCGUUCCCCAUCACGGCGGCUGAAAUAUUCACGACCAUCGACACGUUCCCCAUCCGCAAGGACGAGAUGGUGUUGCAGACGGAGGCGGGCCAGACCUGUCAGUCAUGAAGCCCCCUGGUCCCUCAGUGCACCUCCAUGGACCGUCAGCCGUCUCUGACCUUCUCACGUCUUUCCCAAAACAGACAAGGCCGGCUCACAUCAUCUGUUUCUCUCCACAAGUCACACACUCCUACCUGAACUCUUUCUGUCCUGUACCCAGUGUGUGUGUGCCUACGUAUGUGUGUGUGUGUGUGAGUGUGUGUGAGUGUGUGUGUGUGUGUGUCAUCACAGGUUUGCAUGUCAGUCAUGGUGCUGAUCUGAGGCUGGUUUAAGUUAAAUGAAUCACACAGUACAUUCCUGUGUUUACAUUUAUAUUUUGUUAUUUUAAAUAUUUUCUAAGCAGAAGUCUGUUUUACUAUUUUGUACAAAAAAAAAAGUCUGGAAAACUUUUUAAUCCUUUUGAAUAUUUAUGUUUCACCCGUCUAAUAAUGGUGUACGUCAUGCACAGUGUCUGUGUCUGAAUCUACAAAAACACUGAUUAAAUAUGUCAUGUGGAGUUUGUGUUCUUCAGCGAUCGUGUUAUUUCCUGCACGAUCGGCUUCACCCACACGUCAUUUUAAUUUGCUACGGAUCUUAUUAGUUCCAGGUUAAUUUUUAAACAGCUCUGUAAACAGGUAGCUGUAGACGAUGAAAGUAAAUAAACAGCCGACUGGAUUUCAGACUUUAGGAGCUGUU